GGCAGCCACCUGGAGAUACCUCAAACCUGGUCCGCAUGAGAAAUCAGUCUCUAGGACAAUCUGCUCCUUCACUUACGGCUGGUUUGACCCUUCAGCACAUAAGAGUCGGAAGAUCUCAGCAAUGAACUAAAGAAUGUGCCGUGUCUGCUGCAUACGAGAAGGAGAUCAGCAUACCUCAGAGAUAGCAGAAACAAAAGAAUGUGCGACAGUAUUUGAAGAAUCUGACAUUGGCUUUGUCUCACAGAGAAGUCAAGGAAUCCUUCAAAAUUUGGAAAAAUAAAAUUUCUGGUUUUUCAUUGUGAGAUUUUUCAGUACUUUAAGUAGUGCUGAAUCCUGUGUGUUUACAGAGCUGAGUUUUUAGUGAAGUGUGACAGCGUGUUUUUUAAAGGAAAUGUGACCCGGAUUUUGUGAGCUUAUUAUAAACACUAAAUGAAGGCAGCUGCUGUAGUUUACUGAUCCCUUAAAACAACUCAAGUAAAUUGAAAUAAGACAAGAACAUGUAUGUGUGGGAUCUGAAUUAAUUUCCACUCUUUGGCCUUAUGUGCGUGGACUUGUGGAUUAUUACCUAUUUCUAGACAGUUGUGUAUAUGAGGGGAACAAGACAUCCAACCUUGAGAAGAUUUAGGAAAGUCAAACAGAUUUUUUUUGCAAUGUGACCUACUGAAUCUGCCACGAGAGAGGCAGGCAAAAUUAUGUACAGAUAGUCAGAGACCGUGGCUGCAGUUCUGCAUGACAGGCAAGUGAAAGACCACGUUCUAUUUUUAGUGAGUGGACGGAGGGAGGAUGGGAGGGGGAGAAAAGUUUGAAAAUAAUGGACUUCUUUAGCAGUUAGAGAGCAAAGCUAGCCAGAAGCAAGUGAGCUUUAGCAGGAAUUCGUGAUCAGCAGAGUCAAAAUAUGGAUGAUUCAAGUAUUCUUCGAAGAAGAGGGCUGCAGAAGGAGCUCAGUCUUCCCAGAAGAGGAAGCUUAAUCUCUUCUCCUUUGUACUCCCACUGCCGAGGAAAUGAUGUUCAUCAGCACAUGUUCUCUCCUACGUCUGCUCCAGGUCUGCAGCAUCUUAAAUUCCCAUUUAGUGCUGACUGUGCACUUGUAACUUCUCCUCUAGUAUUUUACCUGAACUCACAAGCGCAGAGCAAUCCAUCUAGUCCAUGCUGCAGCCAUCCUUUUCAGUGGAGCUGUCGGACAAGCAACAGAAAGAGUUUGAUUGUAACAUCUAGCACUUCUCCAACUCUCCCACGACCACAUUCCCCUCUUCAUGGACACGCAGGUAGCAGCCCUUUGGACAGUCCCAGGAACUUCUCUCCAAAUGCACCUGCUCAUUUUUCCUUUGUUCCUGCCCGAAGCCAUGGACACAGAGCAGACAGAACGGAUGGACGCCGCUGGUCCUUGGCCUCCCUUCCUUCAUCCGGAUAUGGAACAAACACUCCCAGUUCAACAGUUUCAUCAUCAUGCUCAUCUCAGGAGAAGCUGCACCAGCUGCCCUUUCAGCCCACGGCAGAUGAACUUCAUUUCCUGACAAAGCAUUUCAGUACUGAAAGCAUCACUGAUGAGGAAGGGCGCCAUUCUCCAGCCUUGAGGCCUCGAUCUCGCAGUCUCAGCCCGGGUCGCUCCCCAAUUUCCUUUGACAGUGAAAUAAUAAUGAUGAAUCAUGUGUACAAAGAAAGGUUUCCAAAGGCCACGGCACAGAUGGAAGAACGGCUGGCUGAGUUUAUUGCCACUAAUGCUCCGGAGAAUGUGCUGCAAUUAGCAGAUGGGGUCCUAAGUUUCAUUCAUCAUCAAGUUAUUGAACUGGCCAGAGAUUGCCUAGAUAAGUCACGUGAAGGUCUUAUCACUUCUCGGUACUUCUACGAGCUGCAGGAAAACUUGGAGAAACUUCUCCAGGAUGCCCACGAGCGAUCCGAGAGCUCCGAGGUUGCCUUCGUUACUCAACUUGUGAAGAAGCUGAUGAUUAUCAUUGCACGACCAGCUCGGCUGCUGGAGUGCCUGGAAUUUGAUCCUGAAGAGUUCUACCAUUUGUUAGAAGCUGCAGAAGGCCAUGCCAAGGAAGGGCAAGGAAUUAAAUGCGACAUUCCUCGUUAUAUUAUCAGCCAGCUGGGACUCACCAGGGAUCCCCUGGAGGAAAUGGCCCAGCUGAAUAGCUAUGACAGCCCAGACACUCCUGAGACAGAUGAUUCAGUCGAGAGCCGUGGGGCCUCUGUCCAGUCCAAGAAAACUCCAUCUGAAGAAGAAUUUGAAACUAUUAAACUGAUCAGUAAUGGUGCUUAUGGAGCAGUGUACUUGGUGCGACACAAGACCACCCGUCAACGUUUUGCCAUGAAGAAGAUCAACAAACAGAACCUAAUUUUGAGAAACCAGAUCCAGCAGGCUUUUGUGGAGAGAGAUAUCUUGACAUUUGCCGAGAAUCCCUUUGUGGUCAGCAUGUUCUGCUCCUUUGAGACCAAGCGUCACCUGUGCAUGGUUAUGGAGUAUGUAGAAGGAGGUGAUUGUGCUACACUUCUCAAGAACAUUGGUGCCCUGCCUGUUGACAUGGCAAGGAUGUACUUUGCUGAGACUGUCCUGGCAUUGGAGUACCUGCACAAUUACGGGAUUGUUCACCGUGACCUAAAACCUGACAAUCUCCUGAUAACUUCGAUGGGUCACAUUAAACUAACAGACUUUGGUCUGUCUAAAAUUGGGUUAAUGAGUCUUACAACUAAUCUUUAUGAGGGACACAUUGAGAAGGAUACCAGGGAAUUCCUGGACAAGCAGGUCUGUGGGACUCCUGAAUACAUUGCACCAGAAGUGAUCCUGCGCCAGGGCUACGGGAAGCCUGUGGACUGGUGGGCCAUGGGAAUUAUCCUGUAUGAGUUUCUAGUUGGCUGUGUUCCUUUCUUUGGGGACACUCCUGAAGAGCUCUUUGGACAAGUGAUCAGUGAUGAAAUUGCCUGGCCAGAAGGUGAUGAUGCACUGCCACCAGAUGCCCAGGACCUCAUUUCUAAGCUUCUUCGCCAAAAUCCUCUGGAAAGAAUGGGAACAGGUAGUGCCUUUGAAGUGAAACAGCAUCGGUUCUUUAAAGAUUUGGACUGGAAUGGAUUACUUCGGCAGAAAGCUGAAUUCAUCCCACAGUUGGAAUCUGAAGAUGACACAAGCUAUUUUGACACCCGUUCAGAACGGUACCAGCACCUGGAUUCGGAGGAAGAGGAGGACACUAAUGAUGAUGAUCAUGUGGAGAUUCGGCAGUUUUCCUCGUGCUCACCGAGGUUCAGCAAGGUGUACAGCAGCAUGGAACGUCUUUCCAUCCACGAGGAGAGGAAGACUCCCCCACCCACUAAACGGAGUCUGAGCGAAGAAAAAGAUGAUCGACUGGACAGCCUCGGUGGCUUGAAGAGUCGAGACCGCAGCUGGGUGAUUGGGUCUCCUGAAAUAUUACGCAAGCGCCUGUCCAUGUCAGAAUCGUCCCACACGGAGAGUGACUCCAGCCCGCCGCUGACCGUGCGCCGCCGCUGCUCGGGGCUGCUCGACAUGCCCCGCUUUGCCAUCUCCGCCGAGGAGGAGGGAGCUGUUCUCAAGAGGCCUCAGUCCGAAGGGAUGCUCUUAUCUGCUGUGCAGGCACGGGAGGGCCUGCCUGUGCCCAUCCCAGAACAGCCUGUGGAGCAGGACCUGCAGCUGGAGGGUGAUGCCGGGCCCCCCGCCCGCUCCACGGCCGUCAGCAGUGCCUCAACGCUGACAGCUGGGAGCACUGCAGAUUUCUCUGAUCCACGAGCUCGCAGUAAUAGCAAUGAAGGCCCAGACUUUACCACUCCAAAAGCCAUCAGCGAUUUGGCAGUGCGGCGGGCGCGACACAGGUUGCUCUCUGGGGAAUCAGGGGAGAAACGUACCUCAAGACCUGUCAAUAAAGUGAUUAAAUCGGCAUCAGCUACUGCCUUGUCUCUCCUGAUUCCCUCAGAUCACCACACGUGUUCUCCAUUGGCCAGUCCAAUGUCACCUCAUUCUCUAUCCUCCAACCCAUCUUCGAGGGACUCCUCACCCAGCCGCGACUUUUCUCCUGCUGUCGCAAACCUGAAACCACCAAUCAUCAUCCAUCGGGCCGGCAAGAAGUACGGCUUCACCCUCCGCGCCAUUCGCGUCUACAUGGGGGACAGUGACAUCUACACUGUGCAUCACAUGGUCUGGCACGUGGAGGAAGGUGGUCCAGCCAACGAAGCGGGUCUGCGUGAAGGGGAUCUGAUAACCCACGUCAACGGGGAGCCCGUCCACGGGUUGGUGCACACAGAAGUGGUGGAGCUGAUCCUGAAGAGUGGAAAUAAAGUGUCCAUCUCCACCACACCGUUUGAGAACACAUCCAUCAAAGUCGGUCCAGCUCGAAAAGCCAGCUACAAAUCCAAGAUGGCUCGGAGGAACAAGAAGAGCAAAACUAAGGAUGGUCAGGAAAGUAAGAAGAAGAGUUCUUUAUUGAGGAAGAUCACUAAACAAGCAUCCCUGCUUCACACCAGCCGGAGUUUAUCUUCUCUAAACCGCUCUCUGUCUUCUGGAGAAAGUGUGCCUGGCUCUCCAACUCACAACCUCUCUCCUCGCUCACCAACGCAGAGUUACAGAUCCACCCCUGAGUCUGUACACUCAGUUGGUGGCAAUUCUUCUCAGAGCAGCUCUCCCAGUUCCAGCGUUCCCAAUUCUCCAGCCAGCUCUGGACACAUCCGCCCCAGCUCUCUGCAUGGCCUAGCACCCAAGCUCCAGAGGCAGUACAGAUCUCCAAGGCGUAAAUCUGCAGGGAACAUCCCCCUGUCCCCGUUAGCUCACACUCCCUCACCAACCCCUCAGUCCACGUCGCCGCAGCGCUCCCCGUCUCCUUUGCCAGGACAUUCAGUCGGCAGCUCCAGUAUUAUUCAGUCUUUUCCAGUCAAACUACACUCCUCUCCACCUCUGGUGAGACAAAUUUCUCGCCCCAAAAGCGCUGAGCCUCCCAGGUCUCCUUUGCUAAAGAGAGUGCAGUCGGCUGAGAAGCUGGCUGCCUCGCUGUCCUCCUCUGAGAAAAAGCUGACUUCCUCCCGUAAGCACAGCUUGGAUAUCUCUCACUCCGAGUUCAAGAAGGAGAUGCUGCAGAGGGAUCCCAGUCUCCAGAGCUUACAGGAAUCUGCCAAUGAAACAACAGGUGGCAAACUUGGGCUGGCAGAGAAAGGGCUGCUGCAGAAGCCUGGCUCACGGAAGCUGGGUGCCAUUCGACAGGACAGGGUGGAGAGGAGGGAGUCUCUGCAAAAGCAAGAGGCCAUCAGAGAAGUAGAUUCUUCAGAAGAUGAAACGGAUGAUGGUUCAGAAGACAGUCAGGAUGGGAGAAGACUGGACAAGCCCCCUGACAGUGGAGACCAAGGCUCAGAUUCUUUUAACGAGGAUAGUAAGUUUUCAUCAAAAUUGGAAAGCAAGGAUAGUAUUGAAGAUGAUGCUUUUCUACCUGAAGAUCCGAAAGGUACAGAGGAUUUGCAGAAGGGAAAUAAUCAACAAGCCAAGCUUGUGGCAGAGCCAUUGCAAAGUGCUGUGCACCCUUCCCCAUCAGAGGUCCUCCCAAGGACUUCUCCAGAAAAGUUAGCUAGUUCAGAAAAGCCAUUCCUAAGAUCGGAAACAACUGCAAAGGAACAUAAAUUGCCAGAAAAUCAAAGUUUUGAGUGUUUUGGUCCAAAAGACAAGUCUUCUGAAGCAAUCAAAGACCUAGGGAGAACUCCUAGUACUCAAAAACCAGUAGAUCACACAGCACACGUACAGUGCCCGUCUAUCAAACUCCUGGAACUUGAAGAAGGUGACUCUUCAGGGGCCCUGUGUGGGAAACUUGACCUGAAAGACCCUCUGCUAACAGAAAGCAGUCAGAAAAAGCAGGAUUCCAAACCUCUGCUGGCACUUUCUUCGUGGAGCACGGCGAGCACUCCUGUCUCGGCGAGCCCCGCAGAGCGCGGUGGGAAGGACCACAAGGAUCUCCGGCCUGUGGAGCAGCACAGCACCUCGCUUCUGCCUCCUGGAAACACGAGCGAAACGUCCCCAAAAAGUCCUGGUACUGAAAAACAACCCAGCUCAUCGCAGGCAGAGAGUGCUUCCCCCGCUAGCAAAGCGAGCCCGGUGGGUCCCCCGACGCCCGCGCUCCUCGUCCCUGGUGCUAUCGAAAGAGCUCUCUCUGUGUCUCAGUUAGUGCCGCUAGCUCAGAGCGUGUUGGGCCCCUUGAAGCUCAGUAUGUCUGGCUCUGGAGAGGUGGAAAAGAGGAAGGAAUCCCCCCAUUUGGGUGCCUCCUGUAAAGAAGAGAAAGAUUCGAAGCAAAAAAAGCAGGAAACUUCACAAGCGGGAGCGUGUCAAGAGAAAGCCAAGCUCUCUGGCACAGACGGUCUGACCACCAGGAGCAGGUCCUGCACAGAGUCCUUAAGCUCAGCAAAGCCCUGGGAGGCAACGUGUCCCACGGUGGCAAAAAAGGAGGCAACUUUUUGCAGUGCUAAAGCACCUGAAGUGUUGGGAGGCAGCUGCAAAAUCACUCCAUCGAAAGAGCUGUCUCACGCUCUUGGACAAGCAGCCCCGAGAGCCUCUCCUCUGCCAGAUGGCAGCGUGAGGCCCUGUAAGGAAGGGACUCUGGUUCAAGCGAAAAGCAAAGAGAUUGGAAGUCAGUUAAAAAUACAAGACUUUCCCCUGUCACACGAUGGUGCUGUAAAGAAAACAUAGCAGCAUCCCUGGUACACGUGGACUGGAGCAUUCUGCAUUCAAAACAGAGACUGCAUGUUUGAAUUUUGUAAUAUACACUAAUAUAAAAUAGAACUUGUGUACAUCUAUUUUUGGGAGGGUUUUUUUCAUACUGUUUUUUGUGUUUUUUCAUCCUUGCUAUUCUAUUUUUGUACACAGUAAUGCUUGCUGUUUGAGGUCUCUUUAGAACAGCGUAUCUUUGAAGCAGGGCUUAAGAAACAGUUUGUUGGUCUCUAUUGUUUGGGUUUUUUUGUUCCUUUUCCUUCCAGGUCUUUUUAUGUUGCCUGAGUUGAGGGCCUCUUGUGCUCUUCCCUCUGACCCUGUGUUUAUUAGAUCCCCAAAAUUCUGAGUACAGAAACAAGGCAGCUUAGUUUAAAAUCUCUGCUUUUCAACCUUCUCUUCGAAACGCCACCGAAAGUCACAAAUUUCAAGUUAUUUGCUUUGGAUUUACAAUCUGGUGUCCUUUGAGAAGGAGAAGAAAACGUUCUCUUGUCUGCAAGUUCUUCUGGAACUGCAAACCCUCUUGGUAAAGCCUCUUCAUCACUGUGUGCAUUCCCAGUCCUGCACGUGUCCUUGGAGGACGCAGAGGAGAGGGACUCUGCUGGAGGGGUCGGGCAGAGAGCUGUCCUUAUCUUUCUUUAAACCAAAUGGAAAGUACUUUUCAACGGAACAAUCAGAAAGGGAAACCUCCAAUCUGUAAGCUGAGGGUGGUUUUUUGGGGGGGGAUUGUUUUUACUUAUCCUUUAUGGGACACAUGGCAACUUUUCCCUCUGUUUGUAAAAUUUUAAUGAUGUUUUAUCUUCCUUUCUCUGGCUUGAAUUCCUAACGUGCCCUGCCUCAGAAUAAAUGGCCCCAGGAGAACACUGCCUUGUAGGUUGAUUUUAAAGUAGAGAAAUUUGUAGUUGUGUGUUCUCCGGUGAGGCAAAGUUAUGUCAAUGAUAAACGACCUUUGGAGACUUUUCCUUCUCUUGGUUAGUCUAAAUAGGUAGGGAUUUGAAGGUGUCCCUUAACAUUUCUGAACUGGGGGUCAGGAAACUUGCCAAGUUUUCUGAAUCUGCCCAUUUUAAAGACAACAACCAAAAAAAGAGAACCCAACUAGAAGAGUUCUGACUCCUCGAGUUCUGUGGACAAGCUGCAAGCAGACUUCAAAACACAUGUGAUAUUUUAAGGUUUCAGCUUCGCUAGCGAGAUCAUUUCCACUGCUGAGGUCACUUUCCAUUAACAAAUUACUCUUUGCUCUUAGGUUUAGACAUCGCUUUGCUUUGAGCACAACCGACUCUGGAUCCCGGUGCUCUUUGCUGAGGGGUAGAUCGAUAACAAUACACCAAUAAAUGUGUCGAGUGGUGAUACCUAUAGCACUGUAAGCCAUUUCUUCAUCCAAUUAGAGGUUCCUCUCAAUGAACACUCCCGUCAUUUGUCCCAGAUUGUGCUCAGCUUUUAUCCUAGUCUUGUCUGAGUGUACCUCCCUGCGAUCACCCGCCAGCUCCGGUGUUUCCUGCGCACCGGCCGCCUCUGUUAGAAGCAGAAUGACUGUGCAACAGUAUUUCCAGCUAAAACUCUCUUGGUCUGAUUCCAUUCCACAGCUGACGCCUUCUGCAUUGUCUUGGCUCUUUCUGAGCUUGAAGUUUUGCUUCCCUUUCCCCUAAAUGCGAGUACAUUUGAGGUUUUUUAAAUAUAGGAAUAUAUUUCCUCCAUCUCUUUCAACUCGAUUUCAGCUCAAGCCACAAAUCACAGAAACCUCUGGAAUCUCACCUCACUCCUCUCUGACGUGUUCCCCCUCUUUACAUACUUGAUUUUUGGCUACUUGGAUUUCAUUUCUGGACCAAGUUUUUGGUUUGGUUUGAGUUUUUGUUGUUGUUGUUGUUGUUGUUUUGGGGUGGUUCUUUUUUUAACACGUUUCCAUGAGUGUUGACUCCGUGUGUCUGUGUGAACAUGUGUGGUGGUGUUAAUACACUAACCAAAGCCUCAACGCUCCCUGGUAACACGGUGAUAAAUCUUCCUGUGAGGGUAUUGACAGCAGAUCCUGCUGUGCUCUCUUUGCUCUUUUUUUUUGUCCUGGAAUUCAUAGACUACUUGUAUGAUUUGCAGUUAUAAAGCGUGGUAUUUCCUUCCACUGCCUCUUCGGGGCCCUGGGUGUCUCCAGCCUCUCAGAGCACUCUUGUUGAUGAAGCAUCAUUCUGUGUGGAUUUGGAGCAAUAGCAAGUAAGGAACAGGCUUGGCAGGAUCUGGUACUUGUCUGGCUGCUUUUCUCCCCCCUCUCCUGUUGGUGGGUUGAUCUACUCAAAGAUUGCUGAGGAACAAGGUGCCAUUGGCAGCAUGUGAUAAAAAUGGACAGGAAUAGUGAAAAAUUGAUUCAGCAUCCUGAGUCUGGUAAUUACAAAGACAAGCCUUGAGCUUAUCUCCUGAGAGCACCUAAUCCUGGUGAGAUGGAAGUCUCUGUAUCAGUGAGGUAGUGAACCCAGAGCUGUGUGACGGUAAGGGACCAACCCAGCUCUUCUCUGGGUGGCAGGUCCUCAUUUCCAUCUCUUUAUGGUGACACAGCUUCUGUGAUUUUGCUCCUGGCGCAUCCAUGAAGGGCUCUGUGCUGAAAAAUGCUGAGGGGAAAGCUAACCCCUUCUCUUAGGAGAGAGGGAUGGGUCAUCUGGCUCAUCUCACACAGGGAUGGGACCCUCUGAAGGUACGAGCUGUGUUAGCUACUGUCUCCCUCCCUUUGCAGCCCCAAGUUCCGGUGCUGAGUUGCACAGUUAUCCUUUCUUACAUGUAAGAAUUGGAGUGAAAAACCUCGCUGCUCUUACCUGAAUUGUGCAAAGAAGAGGUGAGGUUUGCAUUUCAUCACCUGUUUUGUAGCCAUGGUGUAGAAUAUCCUCUGCUCCUGGUCAGUCCUGCAAUUUCCUUCACAGUGCCAGGUGCCCCAUCACCACGGUUCCACCUUCUUUCCCAUUUAUCUGGUGCACCUUGGCAAAAAGAUUAGGCAAAAAGACUUAGAAAAUGCUGGUAAUAAACCAGGUAGAUACACCAAGGCUUAUUCCUUGCUUUGCUAAGAAUUACUUAAAUCCCUUCUCAAACUCAAACGAGGUCUUGGGGAGGAAGAUGUGUGUGAAGAGUGCGAGUGUGUUCCCCAGCGCAGGGUCGGACCCACAGUGUCUGGUGAGCCCAGGGCUCAGCCUGCACAGAUAACCCCCCUCAGACAGCCAGGAGACAGAGGUCCCGUGAGUUUGAACGAACCCUGAAUGUAACCAUCCAAACACACUGCUUCCCUGCUUCCCUGCCCUGUUCCCUUCUGUCCCUUGGAUCUGUCCCCUGCUCGGCGUCAACGCCGCCUCCAGCCUCUGCAGCUCCUCCCUGCUCCUACCUCGCGCCUCGGUUCAGUGUUAUUUUCCCCUUUGUCUCUUACUGUUGCAAACUAAGAGAAACGGAUGGUAUUUAUUGUAAAUAUUAGCCUUUAGCAUCCUAACGGCCACUCCUGGGUCCGAAUGUCAGAGGCCUUUGGCUGCUAAGAUACUGCAGAGCGCUUGGGGGAGGGGUGGGAGUGAGCAGGGGGUUUGGUUUUGCCACACUUUGCAUUAAGGUGUGAUUUGGAGUAUUUUAAUAGUUUAAUUUGGAGGGGUUUUUUUUGUUGUUGUCGUCGUCGUUUUUCUUCUGAGGAAGGGAGGAUCAAAGUCUUUCUCUGGUUUUUCUCUUACUGGAUGUGAAGGAUCAUUCUGUACUUCUAGUAGAAGCUAUGACAGAAGUGUGUGUUUACGUCGUGUUGGAUUCCCAUAUCCAGGUGGCCGUGGGAGCAGCUCUGAGCUGGGCUCUGCCGAGGCCGUGUGUCACUCAGCACUUAGCUAGAUAAGAGAAAGUGUGGAAUUUCUGUGUUUUUAGAAACUUGAACAAUUUGCCACAUAAUAGCGGUGCAAUAAUUUUUAUUCCCGUUGUACCUGCAUGUCGGUGUUCAAAUCCUCCUCCGAAAUAAACCGUUUUCUUUGUU